AUGACCUCCGUUCCGCCACCUUCCUCCACGGCACCGCUUGUCUCCAGCGCGCUCAAUGUCCCAACGGCUACUUCCUACCCCUCUGUGAAUUGCCUCCAGUGGUCUUCUGAUGGGCAACUAUGUUUCGUGACAAAAACCGCGAUUUACAUCCUUACCCCAGAUCACGGAAUCAACUUUGACAAUACCUCCGUGAUCAAGUCUUCCUUGAACAAAGAAAGUCGCGAAGACUCUCAAGCGCUGGGGUGGUUUAGAACCAUUAUUCAGUUUGACAAGUCUGAAGGGAUUCGGUGGCCUGAUCAUUCUCAAGCAUGGGGCGCUGCAUCCCUGGGGUCAAUCGACUUGUCACCCUCGUCAGUAGCAAUUUCACCAAGCGGUUUGUCCUCCGAUGGCGGCUGCGUCCUAGCAAUGCUCAGCUCUAACAUGGACCUCACUCUCUGGGUUGCCGGAAAGAAUUAUCUGAAAGGAGAAUGGCCGAAAGCCGCCGACGUCACACCAUUUCUUCUGGAGACUCACCCAUCCGAAGAUAUUCUGAAAUCACAGGUCAUCAGCGUGGCUUGGACUCCUUUUGCCAAUUUCAACGUUUGCCCGACGCCCUUGGUGAACAGCUCUUUUCUCGUAAUCGGCAGCAGAGCAGGUUCUAUCACCCUUCUCCGGUACCACGCUCACAAAGAGAUUGAACACAUUCACACUAUUUCAGUCGCAGACAGGUGGAUAACACAACUAGCGCCAUCUGCAUGGAGCCUCGCAUCCCCCGGUGUUUGCGAAGGAUACAUCGCUUAUGGAAGUGCCGACGGUUCUGUGGGUCUUAUCAAGAUCACCCAGGUCCUACAAGAAACAGAUGGAGAAUUCCAUUUUGCUCAAAACUUUGUAUUGGAGGUUACCGUUGAACGCGGCCCGGAAUUACUAUUUGGUCCUGAUAAAACUGGAAUUACGGCCUUGAUAUGGGUGGACAUCGUUGGAAGAGGCCCCAUUCUGGUCGUCUGCAAACCUGGAAUCGUGCACCUCUGGACUGUAGCUGGCGAAGAAUUCGGCUGGACGGGAUCUCGUUCUCUCUUAAUCAAGACACAAAAGAUAUCCGCAGUCUCAUCCGCAUUCCAUCAAGUGUCGGGGAUUGUUUACCUUCGGCUACGAGACAUACUCGUGGUAAUCCUCUCCGAUGGGUCAUUCCACACUAUCCAUAACCUCUCAAAAGACCCCUCUUGGACAUCUCAGAAGGAGGAUGACCAGAUUACUUCAGACAACCUGUCUAAAACGUCUCGCAGUGUCUUCGUCAAGGCAGAGCAAGGCGCCGUUGAUCAGAACGAUAUGAACCGGAUUACUGGGACGAUAUCUUAUGACGAUCAUGCCACUUUUUUGUGGGCUUACGAGUGA